AAUAAUAAUAAAACAAAAAAAUGGAAAAAAUCACAAGAAAGCAUCUAUCAGCAAUCUGCAUUGCACUUGUUGUGAUGUGGACAAUAACAUCUGCGGUAGGGUCCAUGGAGGAUGACGAGAAGGACUGCGCGGAGGAGCUGACGAACCUAGCGGCAUGCAUUCCGUUCGUUAGCGGCACCGCCAAACAGCCGACGAAAGAUUGCUGCGAUAACACAAACAAAGUGAGGGCCGCUAAGCCGAAAUGCUUGUGUGUGCUCAUUAUAGAGAGCACUGAUCCAUCCAUAGGCCUCCCUAUCAACACCACCCUGGCUCUGCAAAUGCCGACCGCCUGCAAAAUCGAGGCUAAAGUCUCCGAUUGUCCAUCUUUACUGAAGCUGGCAGCAGAUUCACCGAAUGCGAAGAUUUUCAACGUAGCAAGCGCAGAUUCAAGCACUGCAGCCGCAACGACGAACUCGCCCAACAAUUCCGAUUCUACGACCACUCCAAAAUCGCCUUCAUCUUCGGAUAGUACUAAAACAACUUCUUCAACGAGCAGCAACACCAACAGCAGCGAUGCAGCCAAAAUCGCUAAUAGCUUCUUCGUUUUCGUGGGAUUAUUCGCGGCCAUUUUCUUAUUUUUCCUUUAA